ACUCUGGGAGCUUCCUCAGUUUCUGCUUUGUAAACCUCAAAAUGGCAAAGAGAGGAAAUGACUGCAAACCGUCCCUUAUAUGGCUGAGAAUGUUAUCGCUCUGUGAAGGGCAAAGUUUGAGAUAUUACUUUAGAGCAGAAAGCUUUUAUUGGCGCAUUUCCCAGAGUCCGUUACGAAGUUUAGACCGAGAUCUAACAAAUUCAGCAAAAACAAACGUGGCACUCACAAUGGGCACCUCGAGAAGUCGUCACGCGUUCAUCCUGUCAGUUCUGUGCAUCGUUUCUUGGUGGUCAGCCCAGGGGACACAAGAGCAGGAAACUACAGACAGAAUAGCUCAUUUACUGGAGGCCUUUGAAUUCCAUUAUGAAGGAGUAAAGAGAAGUCUGAGUCAACUGAAAGACGAAGUUCAAAUUCUCGAUAUUGGCCCCCCAAUUAAUCUGAGAAAAAAGAGAUCUGUUCAGAGCAAUGAUAUUAGUCAGCUUGUCAGUUCGUUCAACGCAUUUUGUGACAAUCUCCAGGACCGAAACGCCACCCUCUCCCAGACGCCAACUAUUGAAGGAACACCAAAUUCCUCUAACAUUAACGAGAAAUCAAUAUCUGAUUUUAAAGAAAAACGAGACUGGUUCAGUCCAGAUAUGCCAGUGGUUCCUUUGUCUGUAGAGACAAUUUUUAAGUCGGACCAUGUCGUCGUUGUCUUCACUGUUCAGCAUUACGUCGAUGGUUACGUUAUGCCUUUCAUUGAAAAAUUCGACUAUGGAAAGAUUAAGGCCAAAACCGUUCGACUCCGUAAAGACUCGCCUGUCCCCAAGAUUUCAAAACCUAGGUUCAGAAUCAAUACAGAAUGGUGUAGAAAACAACAGGACUUUUAUCGAAAAGAAGUGAAUUUCAUAUUCUCUGAAAUUGGGUUAAGUUUCCGUCCUCGGGUUUCAGUCGCUGUUAGCGUGUGUAAACAUAUUAUUGACGGUCUCGACAGCGUCGUAAACGGAACAAAGAGAACCGGCUCUUUAUUUGAGCGCAUAAGAAUCCCUACAGUUUACAUGGAUAUUGCGGAAUUAACUAUAGUGCAGCACGGGGGAAUAACUAAAUCGUUUCAAGAAAAAAUUACCGGUUCGGGUACGAAUACUUUAGGUUACAGUGUUACACUUUUGGCAUACGAUGAGGAUACAAAAGAACUUUUACAGUCGCAAUGGAAUAUACAUGAUAUUCAUCAAGGGUUUGGUAGGUACAAAGUCAAAAUCAAAACCCCAGAAGUUGUAAGUAACAACAUGUUGACAGUUGAAGUGUUGACAGUUGAAGAAACUCAGCUCGAUGACCACAGAAGCGGUACAGAAGAUACUUUAUUUAUUGGGAACGAUACACAACCGAGAGAGAUCAGACUGCGCCUGUCUGUGCUCUCAGAAUCUGGAUCAGAAAAUGGAAUCAUUUUUCUCACCCAAAGAGAUCCCAGCCAAACUGAGGAAUCAAAUGUACGCUAUGUGUACUCACACAUUCCUGUGUAUAUAAAAGGGGAUGACCAAUCUUUUCCGUUUCCAUAUGAUCAGUUCCUGUUCAGUUCUGUGGAUCAGUUCGUGUGUAACACUAAUCCACUGGCAGAGCACUUGUCUGUAAAUGCAUGUUCAGUACAAUGCCAUUUUGUGGGUAGAGAUAUUCAAAAGAUAACGAUUUAUAAAACGGGCUCAACCCAGGGCGCCAAGAAUGUUGAUUUUCAACUGAGGUCCCAAAUAAGUCCUACAGGUGAAGAUGCAGAAGCGUAUCUACAUUAUGUUGGUAACGACCCCGAUUCAGCGACUGGAGAGUACACAUGUGAAGUCCGAUCGGCCCACGGCGAAACCGCCCAACACAAACUGACGCUCUUGGUGGGCAGCCAUCCGGCAGUUGACAAGAACUCCACAAGAAUUCAAGACUUUGGAAACGAGACCGCCACUGUGACGUGUGCUUCAACAGGAAGCAACGUCACUAUUGAAAUUUAUGCUGAUGAUAUCUCGCCAGAAACUCGGAUGGACAACAAUUCAAACUAUAUACUUGCUGUGAAGAGACCCAGUCCAGAUCAAGUAGUAUAUGAGCUCAUCGUUCCGACUGCCAUUCUCAGGUGGCCAACGGACAAAGUCUACUGCAAGGCUUUCAAUGAGCUUGGAUACUCUACACUCGUCCGAUAUUCCAAGCUUGCACUAAUUGUUUAUUAUGGAUAUUGAUAAGACGGGGUUGUGAAAAUUCUGAGGAGAUCUAUUUUUUUCUAAGUUUCACUAGGGCCCAACGAAAAAUGUUUAUUUUCAAAGUUAGCUGUGUUUAGAAUUUUAGAAAUAACUUCGAAUACAACAAAGUAUACUACUGCUGUCUCGUACCCAUUCAUGUACAUGUAUAUAUUACGAGUGUGUUCUUUAGAGGAUGUGGCUAUUCCCUGCGUGGGUGCUUACCUGUUUCUGCCCAGUGUGAACGGCACAGUGUCUUUUGGGUCCAUAGUUCAAUUUUCCUAUAGGUGCAGGUAAACACGUCGUUACUUUUCAUCAGAGAACGUCACCAGCAGAGACAGCCCAAGGCCAGAAAUAUUUUACUUUUAUCCUCUGCUCAAGUACAGGAUGAUUUAAAAAAUCCCAAUUGAACAACUUUUUUUCUGAAUAUCUAGCCCCAAAUGUGUACUAGAAUGCUUUAGAACAGACAUAAUUCGUUCAACAGGAAUUUGUUUGGCAUAAAAUCCAUGAAGAAGAAACAUAUAGUGAAAACGGAAUUGGCUUGAAGAAAAAAA